UGACGUAGAAGUGCAACGCAAUUACCGUGCGCCGUGGUGAAACAUGGCUGAGAAGAAGGGAGGCUCGCAGGGGUCAGCACCGUAUGCGCACCGCAUUGAUCCCAAGCAAGAUAAGCUCAGCCCUGAACAGCAACAGUCCAUGAGGAGGGCGGAGGUAGCGCAGUGGGGAAGAAAUGUUGGGAAGCUGCGGAGUAGGAACCUGAUAACCGGACUUGCUAUUGGUGGCAUCGUUUUGAGUAUAUAUGGAUACACUUUCUAUUCUGUGUCCCAGGAAAAAUUCCUAGAUGAACUGGAAAAUGAAGCAAAAGUGGCACGAGCCAAUUUUCCUAAAACUUCUGCCAACUGAACAGAAUCAUUUGAGAUGGGGACCGUCUUCAUAUGAAGGAGCUGGAGGACUUAUUUUCAAUUCUUUGCCUAUUAAAUUCUGUGUAUCCCAAGAAACGUGAUCAUUCAUCUAGGAGUUGGGUUGUUUACAAUCUUUUCAGAUUGCAGUAGUUUGGCUUGUCUAUAUUGAUUAUGCUAGUAUAUUUAAAAUAAAGUGCUUACUAUGAACUGA